CUGUUGACCGAAUUGUGACGUCAUUUACAACGACAAAUAUCAGCGAACACAUUUCCGCCAAAAUUCAAAGAACAAGUGUGGACAUUUUUUGGAUGCAUGUGAUGUUGGACAGGUGAUGUUUGGCAAUAAUCUGCGUAGAGUAUGGAUCGAUGCACUGCAAAGGCAAUGUUUACCAUUCGGAAGUCCACGGAACGUUUCAUAGAAGAGCUCAUCUUGUUCGUGUUUGAACAGCCCGAGUUUACUAGCAGAACGAAACACAUGUUUCAGAAAGCAAAGUUGAAUAAACUGAAUUACGAGUUGGCUUUACUUCACCGUGAUGUCACGAUGUUUCCAUGGAGACAGCUGCCGUAUACUCAAUACCUAGAAGAGGAUACGAAGCAAGUCCUCCUUAAAGACCUUCGGGAUUUCAGACGUAGGGUGACUAUGUGCUUCAUUGAUGUUUUGAAAAUUGAAGGCGACCUGAGGACAGCUAAGCGAGCAAAGAGGUUUUACAGAACUCUCUUCUACGACAAUGACGACAACAACAGGGGGCAGACUGACGACUUGAAAACAAACCGACUCGGUAACGCCAAAUCGAGGCUUGCCGGCAUACUCCGGAAUAACUUUAAACGCCAGUAUUCUUAUCGAUGUGAUGUUUCCGGUCCCCAGUCGCCUACCUCCGACACAGCGGAAGUACUAAACGAGAAGGAUGAAUGGUGUCAAAGCUCCGAUAGCGAGGAGAGUGAUUGAUAUACUAGAAGUUGUAAAUAGUACAAGCAUAAUAAUAUGUAUUCUUCUAAUAAAGUACAUUGCUCAGCACAAUGAAGUCGUA